UCAUCGCAGUGUGCGCUGCUGCAGAGUCACUGUGCGGGUCUGAGUGUAAACAGCCCAAGCGGAGGAGAGUCUGCAGUCACAGCGCUUUGUUGUGGAGCGACAGAUGGAUUGAUAGUCAUUAUACAGAGAGAUCUGUGCUUGUUGUCAGACGCAGUGUUAGUGCGGGCAGCUCUGCCCAAUUUCAGCGCAACAGGGCGGGUUUAACACGGUAAACACAACCGCUCUGAGCGUAGCUUAAGCUAAGCUAUCGUAGCUUAGCGUUAGCUUUAGCUGCGAGAGGCCUUGUACGCGGCGGGAGCUGCAGCUGCUGUAUGCCCGGACUUUAGCUGGAUCUUACGGGCUGGCUGGAGCCCUUGAGCCCUUCACCUACCUGGUUCACUGGAGUGAAGUGUUGUGGAUCAGAGGGUCCCAGCUCCCAUGCUGAGGACCCACUGCUCUGCACAGUUCCAAGCAUUCUGUGACCUUGUACAGCCCAUCAGACUGUUAUCAAGCUCUUAAAGAGUUGGAUCAGUUGUUUUGGGGUGGGAAAUGCUUGAAGCUGUCCAGGGAAAGUGAGGAUCUGUUCUAAACAGCCGUACUGCUCAUACUGAUUAUUCUGAGGCUGUGAAAGGCACUACCAUGGCCACUGUGAAGACGGGAGGAAAGGAGUGCGAAGAGGAGACAUUGCAGACUGCCUUUAAGAAGCUGCGUGUUGAUGCUGAGAGCUCUGCAACCGCAGUGCAUGUCUGCGAGGCCUUGGCAUCCAGAGCGGGAGCUCGAGUCAGCGCAGAUGGAGCCAAACCCAAGGUUACUUCCCCGAAAGAGAACUGGCUCGGAUGUACACGGAAGUCCUCCAGAGGAUUAGUGAGAAGCCAGAGACGGAGAAGAUCAAAGUCCCCCAUCCUUCACCCUCCGAAGUUCACUUACUGUAGCUCCAAAAUGCCCAGUCCUCCUUGCCACCUUAAACACAAGAGCCCUCCGGAGCCAGAAGACCCCAGUGCCUCUCUGGUUAUUCCAGCUAAGAAGGAGCUUUUAUCUUCCGGUCCCUGUUCACCUGUUUUCGGCGUCGCUGGCUAUGAAACCCAUCUCCCGGUUGCUCUGGAGAGCCCCAGCUCCCCCCUGCUCCGCACCGGGACCCCGUCAGACGAUGAGAGCAGCUCUGAAAGUGGACCCUGCCCAGGAAAAGAAAGUUCUCAUGCUCCUUCAGAGGAACCCGGCGCUGCAGCUCCAGCGACCGCUCCAUCUGACUUUAAGUCCCUGUGCAAGCUUCAGGAGGGCGCUCAGUGCUCGUGCGGCCAGAGAGAGUGCCAGUGCUCCGGGUGGCAGGGCGUGGAAGUCUACUCGUUCACAGGCCUCCGCGAGGUCAUCUCCGAGUGCGAGAGAAAGCUGCCCAGCCCUCCGGACGCGGCUCAAAACUCCAGAACUCAGAGCGGAACCGGAAGCAAUGGGACGUCCAGCUCGCCGCGCUCGUGUUCCGAACAGGCCCGUGCCUACGUGGACGACAUCACCAUAGAGGACCUCUCAGGCUACAUGGAAUACUACCUUUACAUCCCCAAGAAGAUGUCGCACAUGGCUGAGAUGAUGUACACUUAAGGCAAAUAAUUACAUUAAACAGUACAUUGAAGGAACAUUUAAAAAAUCUGCAUAUUGAUGAGUUUGUAUAGUGGAGGAUUAUAAAAGAUGGGUAUUGAGGGAAACAUAUGAUUAAAAGAUGGGGUCAUUUAUGGAAAACAGCGAGGCAUGAAAAUGUUAUUUAAGUUUUUCUGUUGAUGUCCUCUUUUGCUCCCCGUUCUUUGGUGUCCCUGUGGUUAAAUCUGGCUAAGAAACACUUGGAGUUGACUCAAUUGUCAGUUGUCUUUUCUGUUUUGUUUUUUUUUUUCCUGUUAUGGAUAUUUUUUUGCCUGGUUUCCAUACAAAAUUGCCAAAGCUCUGUUGCAGAGAUUUCAGGUUUGAGUUUAUUGGUAUAUGCAAAGUUGGAAUGCCAAGUAAUAACUACAGUCACGUUGUGUUGUCUUUUGCGUUUCCAUUGAUUCAUAAUAAAACACUUUCUGUUGUUGAAGGAU